AUGCACCAUGGCGGCGGCCCCCCGAGCGCCCAGCUGCAGCGGUCCCGCUCUCUCACCGGCGGCAGUGAGGGCGAGGAACAGCAGCCCCACUCGAGUCUGCCCCAGUCCCCCGCCACGGCCUUCGCCCCGUCUGCACCCCAGUCACCCGGGUACCAGAUCCAGCAGCUGACCAGCAGGAGCCCGGUGAGCGGGCAGAACGUGAACAUCACCCUGCAGAACGUAGGGCCCGUCGUGGGAGGCAGCCAGCAGAUCACUCUGGCGCCCCUGCCGCUGCCCAGUCCCACCUCGCCUGGCUUCCAGUUCAGCGCUCAGCAGAGGCGGUUUGAGCACGGCUCUCCAUCUUACAUCCAGGUUACCUCCCCACUGUCCCAGCAGGUGCAGACCCAGAGCCCCACCCAGCCCAACCCCGCGCCAGGCCAGCCCCUGCCGAGCGUGCGGGCUGGUGCCUCGGGCCCCACGAGUGGCUUUGUGGACGCCAGCGUGCUGGUGCGGCAGAUCAGUCUGAGCCCGUCCAGUGGGGGGCACUUUGUGUUUCAGGAUGGGGCCAGCCUCAGCCAGCUGGCUCAGGGCACGCAGGUGCAGCUGCAGCACGCCGGGCCACCCAUGGCCGUGCGGGAACGGAGACUGUCGCAGCCUCACGCGCAGUCCGGGGGCACCAUCCACCACCUGGGACCCCAGAGCCCGGCGGCCGGGGGCACAAGUAUGCAGCCCCUGGCCAGCCCUGGGCACCUGGCCACGGCCAGCCUGCCGCCCCAGCUCAGCAGCCUGAUCCAGGGCCAGCUGAUGCAGCAGCAGCAGGUGCUCCAGGGCCAGCAGCUGAGCCGGCCCCUGGGCUUCGAGAGGACGCCCAGUGUGCUCCUGCCAGGCGUGGGCGGGUCCUCGGCCUUCGGCAUGACCUCCCCGCCCCCGCCCACCAGCCCCUCCAGGACCUCGGGGCCGCCGGGUCUGUCCAGCCUUCCGCUCACGGCUGCGGUCGGCCAGGGGCUGAGGAAAGCCCCCAAGAAGCUGGAGGAGAUCCCCCCAGCCUCUCCAGAAAUGGCCCAGAUGAGGAAGCAGUGCCUGGACUUCCACCACAAGGAGAUGGACGCGCUCAAGGAGACCUUCAAGGAGUACUUGAUUGAACUGUUUUUCCUGCAACACCUCCAGGGGAAUAUGAUGGACUUCUUAGCGUUUAAGAAGAAGCAUUAUGCCCCCUUGCAAGCAUACCUGAGACAGAAUGAUCUGGACCUGGAGGAGGAGGAAGAGGAAGAGGAGGAAGAAGAAAAAUCAGAAGUCAUCAACGAUGAGCAGCAAACACUCACAGGGAGCCUGGUGGCUGCGGCGGGCAGCGCGCUAGAAGUGGACCCCUUCCAGAGGCAGCAGUCAUUGCCUCUGUCAGCAGGUAUGGCAGAUCAAUCUAAGAGACCUCGACUAGAAGUGGGUCACCAAGGGGUAGUGUUCCAGCACCCAGGGGUGAGCCCCGGCGUUCCUCUCCAGCAGUUAAUGCCGACAGCACAAGGAGGGAUGCCCCCCGCUCCACAGGCCACACAGCUCGUCGGGCAGAAGCAGAGUCAGCAGCAAUACGACCCUACUACGGGGCCACCCGUGCAGAAUGCUGCCAGCCUGCAUACCCCGCCACCACAGCUUCCCACCAGGCUGCCUCCAGCCGGCGCCUCAGCCACGGCAGCGCCCUCUGCGAUACCAUUUUCUCAGCCGCCACCUCUGGUAGAACCACCUACCCAGCUCCAGAUCCCUGUGAAGGCUCAGCAAGCUCCCGUGCCCAUCUCUGUGCCCCUGUCCAGCCAGUUCCCGGCUCCCCUGCAGCAGCCAGUCCAGCCCACGCUCCACGUCCCAAUGCCUGGGAAGGCCCACCUUCAGGUGCCUCAGCUCCCCGUCCAGCCCCAGACUGUGACACUGACGAGGCCCCCCAUGGAUGCUGUCCAACCCGGCCAACGGCCUCUGUCCACUUCCUCUUCUACCUCGUCCCUCACUCCUGUGAGUGGCUCAGGCCCUGGACCCUCGCCUGCAAGGGCCUCACCGGUAAACAGACCCUCUUCAGCUACCAACAAGUCACUGUCUCCUGUCACGUCCCGGUCUCCAGGGACAGCAGCCUCAGCAACCCCUAAGGCCCAAAGCCCGGCUCAGAGUGCGGCUGCGUCUCAGGACAGUGCCCAGGAGAAGCUAGCAGAGCAGGUAACACUGGAGAACCAGGUCCAGCAGCGUGUCGCGGAGCUGAGGAAGGAGGGUCUGUGGUCGCCGAGGCGGCUGCCCAAGCUGCAGGAGGCACCUCGGCCACGGGCGCACUGGGACUCGCUGCUGGAGGAGAUGCAGUGGAUGGCCACGGACUUUGCCCAGGAGCGCAGGUGGAAGGUGGCCGCUGCCAAGAAGCUGGUCAGAACUGUCGCACGCCACCAUGAAGAGAAAAAGCUGCGUGAGGAGAGAGGGAGGAAGGAGGAGCAGAGCCGGCUGAGGCGGAUCGCGGCCUCCACUGCUCGGGAGAUUGAGUAUUUCUGGUCAAACAUUGAGCAGGUUGUGGAAAUAAAACUACAAGUAGAAUUAGAAGAAAAACGGAAAAAAGCCUUAAAUUUGCAGAGAGUUCCCAGAAGAGGAGCAGAGCUGAGGCCGCCAGGACUGGAGGUGGUGUUCCCACAGCACUUCCUGGACUCAGGUGUGUCUGGAAGAGAGCGGAGAGCCAGUGCGUCUUUAACUGACGAGGAAGUGGACGAUGAAGAGGAGACCAUUGAAGAGGAAGAAGCAAAUGAAGGGGUGGUGGAUCACCAGGCAGAGCUGUCUCAUUUAGCCAAAGAAGCUGAAUUGCCCUUACUGGACUUGUUGAAGUUGUAUGAAGGUGCCUUUCUGCCCAGCUUCCAGUGGCCCCAGCCCAAACCUGGCAGUGAAGAGACCAGCGAAGAAGAGGAUGUGGAUGGUGGCCCAGGUGACAGGGAGAGUCGGAAGGAUCUGGUCCUCAUAGAUUCCCUGUUCAUCAUGGACCAGUUGAAGGCUGCCGAAAGGAUGAACGUCACCAAACCCAACACGAAAGACAUUGCAGAAGUGACCGCUGUGGCGGAGGCCAUCCUGCCCAAGGGCAGUGCCAGGGUCAUCACCCCGGUAAAGUUUAACACCCCAUCCCUGCUGUACGGGGUGCUCCGAGACUACCAGAAGAUUGGCCUGGACUGGCUGGCCAAGCUCUACAGGAAGAAGCUCAACGGUAUCUUGGCGGACGAGGCGGGUCUGGGCAAGACUGUGCAGGUGAUCGCCUUCUUCGCCCAUCUCGCUUGUAAUGAAGGCAACUGGGGCCCCCACCUUGUUGUUGUCCGAAGCUGCAACAUCCUCAAGUGGGAGCUGGAGCUGAAGCGCUGGUGCCCCGGGCUGAAAACCCUGCUGUAUGUCGGCAGCCGGAGAGAGCUGAGAGCCAAGAGACAGGAGUGGACAGAACCCUACAGCUUCAACAUCUGCAUCACGUCGUACAAACGCUUCUUCAAGGGCUACCACUCCUUUGCCAAGGUGCGCUGGAGGUGCCUGGUCAUUGACGAGAUGCAGCAGGUGAAGAACAUGACCGACAGGCACUGGGGCACUGUCUUCAGCCUGCACAGUCAGCAGCGCUUGCUUCUGAUAGAUGCACCUCUGCACAACACCUUCCUGGAGCUGUGGACCAUGGUGCACUUCCUCAUCCCGGGUAUCUCCAGACCCUACCUGAACUUCCCGCUGAAGGCCCCCAAUGACGAGAACCAGGAUUACUACCAUAAAGUGGUCAUCCGGCUGCAUCGGGUGACCCAGCCGUUUAUCUUGAGGAGAACUAAGAGAGAUGUGGAGAAGCAGCUGACCAAGAAGUAUGAACACGUGUUGAAGUGCCGUCUCUCUAGCCGGCAGAAGGCCCUGUAUGAAGACAUCAUCCUUCAGCCUCGGACGCAGGAAGCACUCAAGAGCGGCCACUUCGUCAAUGUCCUGAGCAUCCUCAUUAAGCUGCAGCGUAUCUGCAAUCACCCGGGCCUCGUGGAGCCCAGACUGCCCGACUCCUCGUAUGUGGCUGGAGCUCUGGAGUACCGUUCCGCCUCUCUGACUCUCAAGGCCUUGGAGAGAGAUUUCUGGAAGGAAGCAGAUCUUUCUAUGUUUGAUCUCAUUGGGAUAGAGAAUAAAAUGGCUCGUCAUGAGGCAGAGCUGCUGUCAAAGAAGAAGGUGACACGGAAGCUCAUUGAGGAGAGCUUUGCCUCUCCUCCUCCCUCAGCCAGACCUGUCGCGGUGAAGCUGAAGCCAAGCAGGUUGUUUCAGCCUGUGCAGUAUGGCCAGAAGCCCGAGGGCCGCACCGUGGUCUUCCCCAGCACCCACCCGCCCCGGACGGCUCCACCCGCCUCUGCUCCCGCUGUGCCUCAAGGGCAGGUCCGAGGACGGCCCCCCAUCGCCACCUUCUCUGCCAAUCCAGAUGCGAAAGCGGCGGCGGCCACACAGUGCCAGCCUCCUCAGACCUCCUCCAGUGCUCCGAGACACCAGCCCACCGCGACCUUCACCUCCGCAGCUAGCGCGGCCCAUCCUAGUGCACUGCCCCCGAGGCUGGUGCUGACCGCCCAGGCCCAGGCUCGGUUGCCGAGUGGUGAGGUGGUGAAAAUCGCUCAGCUGGCAUCCAUCGCAGGGACGCAGAACCGUGUCGCCCAACCUGAGACACCCGUGACGCUGCAGUUCCAGGGGAACAAGUUCACCUUGUCACACAACCAGCUCCGGCAGCUGACGGCGGGCCAGCCCCUGCAACUGCAAGGCAGUGUGCUCCAGAUCGUGUCAGCCCCCGGGCAGCCCUACCUGCGGCCUCCGGGCCCCGUGGUCAUGCAGACUGUGUCUCAGGCGGGAGCUGUGCACGGCGCCCUCAAUGCCCUUGGAGGAAAACCCCCAACCAGCACCCCGGCUCCCACGCCCCUGGCCCCACAAGCUGGUGUUCCAGGUCGAGUGGCAGUUAACCCUGUAGCUGCAGGGGAAUCCGGGAUGGCCCCCAAACCAGCCUCACCCCUUGGCGCUCCGACCCAGGAGGAAAGGACCAGACUCCUGAAGGAACGGGUGGACCAGAUCUUCCUUGUCAACGAGCGGCGCUGCUCCCGAAUGCCUGUCUAUGGCCGAGACCUACUGGGGGUCUGUUCCCUGGUCACGUGGGGUGCCCUCGGCCAGGGGACAGGACCCUCUAGCACCAGGAGUGAGCUGGUUUUGACACUGAGCCGACGUCGAGAGUCCCUGCAGGAUGUUGUAGACAGGGUGGCAUGUGUGAUACCCCCUGUGGUGACGGCUGCACCGUCCUUGCGGGUAGCGAGGCCGCCCUCCUCGUACAGCCACCGGAUGAAGGUGUUCCGGCACUGCCUGCGUGAGCGCGCGGCGCCCUACUUCCAGCAGCUGCAGCAGCUCACAGCGCUCCGUCUGCUGCACUUCCCCGAGCUCCGGCUGGUGCAGCAGGACUCAGGAAAGCUAGAAGCAUUGGCGAUCCUGCUUCAGAAGCUGAAGUCAGAAGGACGUCGUGUGCUCAUCUUGUCACAGAUGAUAUUCAUGUUGGACAUCCUGGAGAAGUUCCUGAACUUCCAUUACCUCACCUACGUAAGAAUCGAUGAGAACGCCAACAGCCAACAGCGGCAGGAGCUGAUGAGGAGCUUCAACAGAGACCGGCGGAUCUUUUGUGCCAUCCUGUCAACUCACAGCCGCUCCACAGGUGUAAACCUUGUGGAGGCAGACACGGUAGUGUUCUACGACAACGACCUCAACCCAGUGAUGGACGCUAAGGCCCAGGAGUGGUGCGACAGGAUUGGGCGCUGCAAGGACAUUCACAUAUACAGACUUGUGAGCGGCAACUCCAUUGAGGAGAAGCUGCUGAAGAACGGUACUAAAGACUUGAUCCGAGAGGUGGCUGCUCAGGGCAAUGACUACUCCAUGGCUUUCCUGACUCAGCGCACAAUUCAGGAGCUGUUUGAGGUAUACUCUCCCAUGGAGGAUGCGGGCUUCCCAGUGAAGGCAGAGGAGUUUGUGGUCCUCUCCCAGGAGCCUUCUGCCACAGAGACCAUUGCGCCCAAAAUCGCAAGGCCGUUCAUAGAGGCUCUCAAAAGUCUCGAGUAUCUGGAGGAGGAUGCAGAGAAAUCCUCUGAGGAGGCCGCAUCAGGAGCAAGGACUGAUGUGUCGUUGUCAGACGAAGACCGCCCCAGACUCAGGGAGGAGCCUUCACAGUUGGAGGAACUGGCUGACUUCAUGGAACAGCUCACCCCCAUUGAGAAGUAUGCUCUGAAUUACCUGGAAUUAUUCCACACUUCUAUUGAACAAGAGAAAGAGAGAACCAGUGAGGAAGUGGCCCUGGCGUCGAUGAAGGAAUGGGAGACCCGGAAUGCUAAGGCCCUGCAGGAGAGGGCGGCACGAGACGAGGGGCCCCAGGAGGAGCUGCUCACGUACACUCGGGGCGACGCCUACAACAUGGAAUACAUCUACGAAGAUGCGGAUGGGCAGACGGAAAUCAUGCCGCUGUGGACACCGCCCACGCCCCCACAAGACGACAAUGAUAUCUACAUUGACUCAGUGAUGUGCCUCAUGUAUGAAGCCACACCCAUCCCCGAAUCCAAGCUGCCCCCCGUAUACGUGAGGAAGGAGCGGAAGCGUCACAAAACGGACCCCUCAGCUGCUGGUAGGAAGAAGAAGCAACGGCAUGGGGAGGCGGUUGUCCCGCCCCGCUCCCUGUUUGACCGCGCCACCCCGGGCCUGCUGAAGAUGCGCCGUGAGGGCAAGGAUCAGAAGAAGAACAUCCUGCUGAAGCAACAGACGCCGUUCGCCAAGCCCCUGCCGACUUUCGCCAAAGCCGCCACCGAGUCGGGCCAGGACAGCCCCGAGUGGCUCAUCAGUGAGGACUGGGCGCUCCUGCAGGCCGUGAAGCAGCUGCUAGAGCUCCCCCUGAACCUGACGAUCAUGUCGCCUGCCCACACACCCAACUGGGACCUCGUCAGCGAUGUGGUAAACUCGUGCAGCCGCGUUUAUCGCUCCUCCAAACAGUGCCGGAACCGCUACGAGAACGUCAUCAUCCCCAGAGAGGAGGGGAAGAGUAAAAACAACCGUCCUCUGCGCACAAGUCAGAUCUAUGCCCAGGAUGAGAACGCCACGCACACGCAGCUGUACACCAGCCACUUCGACCUGAUGAAGAUGACUGCGGGCAAGCGGAGUCCCCCCAUCAAGCCGCUGCUCGGCAUGAACCCCUUCCAGAAAAAUCCCAAGCAUGCCUCUGUGCUGGCAGAAAGCGGGAUCAACUAUGACAAGCCCCUGCCCCCAAUCCAGGUUGCGUCUCUUCGAGCAGAGCGGAUUGCCAAAGAGAAGAAGGCCCUAGCAGAUCAGCAGAAGGCCCAGCAGCCAGCUGUGGCUCAGCCUCCGCAGCAGCCGCCACCACCACCACCGCAGCCUCAGCAGCCACCGCCCCUGCCCCAGCCCCAGCCAGUCAGCAGUCAGCAGCCCACCGGCCAGCCAGCGGGCCCUGCCCAGGCCCAGGCCCAGCCCCCACCGCAGCCGCAGCCCGUGCAGUCACAGCCAAAGACGCAGCCAGCGAUAACCACGGGAGGCAGCACCGCUGUGCUGGCGGGAACCAUCAAGACGUCAGUCACCGGAACGAGCAUACCCGCUGGCACCGUGAGUGGGAACGUCAUUGUGAACACCAUCGCCAGCAUGCCCGCCACCACUUUCCAGUCCAUCAACAAGCGACUCGCCUCCCCCGUGACACCGGGCGCUCUCCCUACGUCUGGAGGCUCCACGCCGGCCCAGGUGGUCCACACCCAGCCCCGAGCUGUGGGCUCCCCUGCCACAGCUACCACAGAAUUGGUGUCUAUGGCAACGACUCAGGGGGUACGGGCGGUCACGUCUGUUACCACCCCAGCAGUGGUGACCACCAACCUGACACCUGUGCAGGCCCCGGCCCGGUCUCUGGUGACCCAGGUGUCUCAAGCCACCUGCUUUGCAGCAGCGGGGAAGCCCAUCACGCCCACACACUUCCAGCUUCUCCGGCAGCCGCCACCGCCACCACCACCCUCUCAAGUGCAGCCCCCACAGAUCCAGGGCCAGGCCCAGUCACCAGCCCAGAUCAAAACCGUUGGAAAGCUGACGCCGGAACACCUGAUCAAAAUGCAGAAGCAGAAGUUGCAGCUACCACAGCAGGCCCCACCGCAAGCCCAGCCUGGAGCUCCGCCGCCCACACCUCCUGUGCAGACUCAGCCUCCACAGCCCCCACAGCAGCAGAGCCCCCAGCUCACCACGGUCACGGCCCCGCGGCCUGGGCCACUGCUCACCAGCACCACUGUGGCCAACCUCCAGGUGGCCCGACUCACCCGCGUGCCCACUUCUCAGAUGCAGGCCCAGACGCCCCCGACUGCCCAGGUGGCCCUGGCGAAGCCUCCUGUGGUAUCAGUGCCAGCGGCUGUUGUCUCCUCACCAGGGGUGACCACGCUGCCCAUGAAUGUGGCUGGGAUCAGUGUGGCUAUCGGGCAGCCGCAGAAAGCAGCAGGGCAGACCGUGGUGGCGCAGCCUGUCCACGUGCAGCAGCUGCUGAAGCUCAAGCAGCAGGCUGUGCAGCAGCAGAAGGUCAUCCAGCCACAGGGCGCCCAGGGCCCAGCUGCUGUCCAGCAGAAGAUAACUGCGCAGCAGAUUGCUGCGCAGGGUCAGCAGCAGAAAGUGACCUACGCCACUCAGCCGGCCCUGAAGACCCAGUUCCUCACGACGCCCAUUUCCCAAGCUCCGAAGCUGACAGGUUCGCAGCAAGUGCAGACCCAGAUACAAGUUGCAAAACUUUCCCAAGUUGUCCAGCAGCAAACAACUGUGGCCAGCAUCCCGCAGGCCGCCACCGCAUCCCAGCAGGCUUCUCCACAGACAGUGACACUCACACAGGCAACUGCAGCUGGCCAGCAGGUCCAGAUGAUCCCCGCAGUGACGGCCACGGCCCAGGUGGUGCAGCAGAAGCUUAUUCAGCAGCAGGUGGUGACCACGGCGUCCACCCAGCUUCAGAGUCCUGGGGUCCCAAACCCAGCCCAGGGGCCGGUCAGCUCCGAGAGCCCAAGCCAGCAGCCCAAACUACAAAUGCGCGUGCCCGCUGUCAGGUUAAAGACGCCCACCAAGCCUCCAUGCCAGUGA